AUAAACCCUCUCAGGAGCGCACUCAACAUUUUGCAUCAGUCAACUUCAUUUUUACGUUGAUGCCCGAAAAAGAUCAACAUGGCCUGCCUUCCACUGGCUCUGCUCCUCCUAACCAGCUUCCAGACCUUUGAUCCAAUUGUGGCUGUUAAUGGUUUACAACUGGACAAUGGUUCAACUGAGAAUGGAAAUGUGUGUAAGGACUGCACAAACAUAUUUGAACUCUUGGCUGACAUGCUUUCCAGUACGGAGCUUCAGAAAAAGAUUGUGGAUAGUGUGGAUGGUUUGUGUGAGCACCUGCCCGGACCUAAGAUCACUGUGAAGCUCUGCAAAGAGGAAGUGGAGAGGAUGCUUUCUGCGGCUAUUAGCUUCAUUGGAGCAACCAAGCCAGCUGAGAUGUGUAAACUACUGGGUCUUUGCCAAUCCUGUGACAAACAACUGAAAAUGCUCAACUACUUUGUCAAUGAAGCACUGAAGGCUGCAACAGCAAGUCAAAAUAAGAACCUCUGCUCUUUUUGCCUUUUUCUUAUGAAGACAUUGGAAGAUUUAUUGCCAAAGCAAAGGACGGAGGCUGCUGUGAUCCACCUGCUGGAGGACAUUUGUCACAUCCUUCCCCCGUUAUAUCAGCGACAGUGCCAGGACGUGGUUGGCAAGUUUAGUAAAACCAUUAUAGAUGCUAUCCUGAGCUACGCCACUCCACGCUCCAUUUGUGAGCUGCUCCACCUGUGCAAAGGCCAAGAAGAAACAUUACUGGACCCCUGCAUCAUGGAGGAAUACAGGUGCAGAGACUUCAGCAAUGCUCUCAGAUGUGGAACCUUGUUCUACUGCCAGAAGUUUGCUUGGAAGUCUGUGAACACCAUUUAAAAAAUGUACAUUGAUACUACAAUGUUUGGUAUCUUAACUGAUGUAUGACCUUUCAUCACUCUGUCAAUUAUGUUAUCGCUUUGGAAUCAAACAAAUGUCUCUCGUCUGAUCCUUAUAUUGUUUCAUGUGUUAAAUGCACUUAAAUGACAAAACUAUCACUAGUGAAAUUUUGGAAAGCCACAGCAUCUAUACGAUACAUGUUUGAAGACAAUUAGCUGUAUCAAUGUGAAAA